GUCAGUCCAUCAGCAUCCUCAGAUUGUACCAGCAGCAAGCCGAUCCACAGAGGUAACACGAAAUGGAGCUCGAUUUUGGCCACUUUGAUGAGAGGGAUAAGAGCAGAAAUGCUCGAGUUUCUCGUAUGAACGGCUUGCCCAGUCCCACUCACAGUGCCCACUGCAGCUUCUACCGUACCCGCACUUUGCAAGCACUUAGCAAUGAAAAAAAGGCCAAAAAGGUUAGGUUCUACCGUAAUGGUGAUCGCUACUUCAAGGGGAUAGUGUAUGCAGUGUCCUCAGACCGUUUCAGAAGUUUUGAUGCCCUGUUGGCAGAUUUGACCAGGUCGCUGUCUGAUAACAUCAAUCUGCCUCAAGGUGUACGCUACAUCUACACUAUAGACGGAAUGAACAAGAUCUGCAGCAUGGAUGAACUGGAAGAAGGUGAAAGUUAUGUUUGCUCAUCUGACAACUUUUUCAAGAGACUGGAAUACACCAAGAACGUAAAUCCCAACUGGUCCGUCAAUGUGAAGACCUCAGCUGCUCUUAAAUCCCCACAGUCGCUAGGUUCCUGUAACACCCAGUCCAGAGAGAACAAGGACUUUGUGCGUCCCAAGUUGGUUACAAUUAUUCGGAGUGGUGUGAAGCCACGGAAAGCGGUUCGGGUCCUCCUGAACAAAAAGACAGCCCACUCCUUCGAACAAGUCCUCACUGACAUCACUGACGCCAUCAAACUGGAGACUGGAGUGGUCAAGAAAUUGUAUACAUUGGAUGGAAAACAGGUGACUUGUCUUCAUGACUUCUUUGGCGAAGAUGACGUAUUUAUUGCUUGUGGCCCAGAAAAAUUCCGCUAUGCUCAGGAUGACUUUUCUCUUGAUGAAAAUGAACAUUCUCCCAACAGGAUUUUGGCUUCCUCAGAGUGCCGUGUAAUGAAAGCAAAUGCCGGCCCCCCAACCAAGCCCAAUAGUGCACUGAAAAGUUCAGCCAAGAGCCCUGCACCAACUCGACGCAGCAAGUCUCCUGCUGACUCAGCUAACGGGACUUCAAGCAGCCAGCUAUCUACACCCAAAUCCAAGCAGUCUCCAAUUUCAACCCCAACAAGCCCUGGAAGUCUUCGUAAGCACAAGGACCUGUAUCUUCCCCUGUCUCUGGAUGAUUCUGAUUCCCUUGGCGAUUCAAUGUAAAGAGAAAAAAGAAGAUCCGCCACAAUGGUGCUUUCUAAUCUACGGACACAAUUGCAACUGUCACUUGUUUUUUUAUUUCCUUUUAUUUUGUGAUAUAUAAUUUGUGCCAUGUGACCCAACAUUAUGGGAAAUAGACUGAUACUGUUCUAUAAGGAAAUGACGAUGAAGCAGGCUUCAAAAUUAUUUUAUGCAAGUGUUCCCUUAAUCAGUUGUAUCUGUUCCACCACAAGGUGAUCUGGUGACAAUACCAUUAAAUGCAAAAGAUAUAUGUGGCAUUGUCACCAACCAUUAGAAAUUUAAGUAUUACCUAGAGCAACCCAACAAUCAAAUUCACUGCUUAAUAAAUAGGGACAUUGGGGAUCAGAUCAAUAAAUGUCCUGUUCCAUUUUGCAUUUUA